CUCGUUCAGGUUUUUUUCGCUCUCUGCUUUCUCUCUUCGAUCCGUGAAGGUGUUCCGUGAUAUGGUGUGAACAAAAAUUGGAAAAUUUCAUAAUUUCCAGUGUCCCGUGCUGUAAAAAUCCGAUAAACCUACAGCCCAAACGCCAAAGUAUCGGAAUAGUGUGCGGAACCAUAAUUAGCGAAGUUUUACUACAUAAUUAGCGAAGGCAGAGAAACAGAGAAGCAGAUAGCGUUUAGUUAGGAAGAUAGAAAAGAGAGCAGCAAUCCAGUUGUAGACGACGACGGCCCCAAAGCAGAGUCCCAUUUUAUAUCGAUUGCGCACAAGUGACGGCUUAGAAAUAAAAAAAAAAAUCUCCCGAAGCAGCCAUUUUUGCAAAAGUACCUGUUUUCUAAACGAAUCGAACAGAGCGCAGCAGAUAGGAAAACAUGCAGUUCCAAGGCGCAGCACAACCGCAUCAGGGAGGGUUCCGUGGACCGCGUCCGGAGAAGAACGAUUUCUAUGUUGGGCAACCCGGCACUAAGCCGCCACACUUCAUGAACAAGCAAGGCCCACCGUCAAUUCCCCCGUUCAACGCGAACGCGUUCGGUGGUCCUAAACCGAUGUACCAGCAGAACGCGAUCAAUGGCGUUGGCCCGGGAGGGUUCAACAAGUUUGGCGGUGGUGGCCGUGCAUUCGGUGGCCAGCCAGGUGGACUCAUGCCAAAGAAAGACUUCGGUGGCCCAAAAAUGUAUGGACCCGGUGGCAGUAAGCCGUACGGCGAAGACAAACCGUUCGACACGUUCGGCGGUCCGAAGAAGUACCAGAACUCUAACCCAGGUAUGGGUAUGGGCUACGGAGGUGGCAUGGGAAGCCGCAACGGGUUCGGUCCGCGCUCGGAUUACAACGGUUUCAACAAGGACGACCGUGCUAAGAUCCAGUCGCUGAAGGCAAAGUACCCGGGACAGAACCUGAUGAAGCCGAUGUGGGAAAAUUUGGAACCGUUCCAGAAGGAUUUCUAUGUGCCGCACCCGAAUGUGAUGGCCCGAGCACAGGAGGAAGUUCAGACGUUCCGCGAACAGAUGCAGAUCACUGUGAUGGGUAACAAUGUGCCGCAUCCGUGUCAGAACUUCGAGGAGGGUAACUUCCCGGAGUAUGUGAUGACGGAGAUCAAGAAGCAGGGUUUCCCACGUCCGACUUCCAUCCAGUCGCAGGGUUGGCCGAUUGCGCUGAGUGGUCGCGACAUGGUUGGCAUUGCCCAGACCGGUUCGGGAAAAACGCUCGCCUACAUGCUGCCAGGUUUGGUACACAUCUCGCAUCAGAAGCCGCUUAGCCGUGGAGAAGGACCGAUUGUCUUGGUACUUGCGCCCACUCGUGAACUCGCACAGCAGAUUCAGACUGUUGUUCGGGACUUUGGCAACCAUUCGAAGCCCAACAUUCGCUACACGUGCGUGUUCGGAGGUGCACUGAAAGGACCUCAGGUGCGCGAUUUGGAGCGUGGCGUUGAGGUGGUAAUUGCUACGCCUGGUCGUUUGAUUGAUUUCCUCGAGCGAGGCAUCACUAAUCUUCGCCGUUGUACGUAUCUCGUGUUGGACGAAGCGGAUCGAAUGCUUGACAUGGGUUUCGAGCCACAGAUUCGUAAGAUUGUCGAGCAGAUUCGUCCGGAUCGGCAGGUGCUGAUGUGGUCCGCAACGUGGCCGAAGGAGGUACAAACGCUGGCGGAAGAUUUCCUGCGCGACUACAUUCAGAUUAACAUUGGAUCGCUAAGCUUGGCGGCAAAUCACAACAUUCACCAGAUUGUAGAUGUGUGCGAAGAGAACGAAAAGGAGAGCAAGCUGUUGAAACUGUUGAAGGAAAUUGCCACCUCGGAUGCGACGAACAAGAUCAUCAUUUUCGUCGAGACGAAGAAGAAGGUGGACGAUUUGCUGAAAAACAUUGUGCGCGAUGGCUAUGGGGCCACGUCUAUUCACGGCGACAAGAGCCAAACCGAGCGUGACUACGUGCUGCAAGAUUUCCGGCAUGGCAAGAGCACAAUACUGGUGGCGACCGAUGUGGCGGCACGCGGUCUCGACGUGGAAGACGUCAAGUACGUUAUUAACUUCGACUAUCCGAACUCAUCGGAGGACUAUAUUCAUCGUAUUGGGCGCACGGGACGCUGCUCGCAGUACGGAACAGCGUACACGUUCUUCACACCAAACAACGGACGCCAGGCACGGGAACUGCUGUCGGUGCUAGAAGAGGCCGGUCAGCAGCCAACGGUAGAGCUGAUCGAGAUGGCAAAGCAGGCACCGGGCGGCAAAGGCGGAAGAUUGCGUUACUCGACACGUGGCAGCUAUGGUGGUGGAAGCAGCAUGAGCAGCUAUCAGCGUCGACCACCGUUCAAUGGUGGUGGUGGAUUCGGUGGACCGCCCAAGUACGGUGGAAUGCAGAACGGUCCGAUGGGCGGUGGCAACAAGUUUGGUGGAAUGCCGAAUAAAUUCCGCGACGGUGGCAUGUACCGGAGCGAGAAUAACUGGAACAAGGGUCCGAACGGACCGGUCAUGAUGGGUGGCCCGGGUGGCUAUCAAUCCCACUCGCCUCAGUCUCCGCAGGCUGCUGCGGUUGCUGCCGCUUCCGGUCAGCAAAUGUACGAACCACCACAGGCACAGAUCCGUGCCUAUCACCCGAAGAACAUCUAUCCGGGACAGUUCGACGACUACACGGCACUGUUUGCGGGUGGUGCGGCCGCAGCUGCACCCGGUGGUGGCAUGCGCUUCUACCAGGGCAAGACGCACCAGGGAGGUCCUGGAGGCAUGCAGCCAGGAUCGCAGCCGGGCGGCCGCUACAACCCGAACGGUGGCCAGUUCAACAUGGAUGGCACACCGAAACCGAAUAACGGUCGUGGAACGUAUCCACCGAAGCAGUACAACAAUAGCUACGCUGCCGGACCGGGCAAUCCGAGCCAUCAGUAUCCACAGCUGGCAGCGGCCGCCGCUGCUGCCGCUGCCGGGCAAACCAUACCGACGGCGGCUCCGGCCGGUUUUACCGGAUUCGAUCCGACCGGUGGACUGCAGUAUCAGGCAUCGUACCCAAUAACAGCUGCCACCGCCGCUUAUUACCCAUAUCCGGCAGCAACUGCUGCACCGCCACCACCGCAGGCCCAGGCGGCCCCAGUCGUUCCGCCGGUACAGCAAUAAGUGUCCGGAACAUGUGAAACUUCACGUCUUCGCGUAACACCAUCCCUUAACACGAUCGGAGAGAGAAAGCAAGGUUAGUUUUUAGCAUCUUCCUUAUUUAUCCAACCAAUAAUAGUAUCUAGAAAAUCGAACGCGAACCUGUCUGCGCGAUCAAGACGUUGACGUAGCGAUUUUAUUGAAAGUAUCUCAAAUUAGGAGAAGCAGUAGGUGAACAUUUUUUGACAUACUUGCAGUGCAAAGUUUUGCUUCACCGGUAUAGUUACGAAACCAACUAUUAAUAUUAUUGCAGUUUCCUUGAUUGUUUUUUUUUUCAACCGGAAGAUACGAAACUUACGUUGCUGAAACUUCUGAUCGCAAGAACAUAUACUAUACAAUAUAUAACCUUUUUGCAAAUGAUUAUAUGAGAAGCUAACGAUGAUACACUUUUAACUCGUGUACGCACCGCUGCCACAUAGAUGUGAGUGCAGGCGUGAAAAAAAGAAGAGCGCAGGAGGAGUGAGAGAUAGAGAGAUAGAAAGUGAGGCAGCAGCGAUUGCGGAACGAGUAUAUACGAUAUACAUUAAUUUGAAUUUUUGUCCUUAAUUUUCCUUUAUUACUACAAACAAGUUAUAGUCUAGAUUGGUAACCGUAAAUGCGUAUAAGGCAAGCAAAUGUGUUUGCUUGCGCCUUUAUCUUGUAACUACGGUUUGUUUGUACGUUAAUGGAGCUGUUUGAACAUGUCACGAUCGUUCCACGUCAAACGGCAGUAGAAUAGAACACAAUUUUGUUAAACGAACGGUCAUCAUUCGAACUUCUAUGGGAACCGGUGGUAUGUCACGCAAUUGUUGCACGAAACGAGUCGCCAAACCAAACAAGAUACGAAAGCUCUCAAAAUACUAAAGCUGAUUGUUAUAGUGGAAAGCAUUUUAGGGAAAUGUAGCAACGGUUUAAUCAUUCCCGUAUACUCUAACAACAAUGGGUGGGGUGGGGUGGAGAAUUAAAUCAGCUCGUUAUGAUCCCGCAGUGUUGGAUCGGAUUUAUUUUUAAACAAAUUUCUGGACCAGACUACCUUUGCUACACUUUCGGAUGUGCAGUCUCCGGAUGCAGUAUUCUGGUAUUUUUUUGUUCGACAAAGAGAAACAAACAUUUUGUUUAGGCAUUCAGUCCCGGUUUUUAAUGCCUUGUAAGUUUGUCGGAACAAUCACAGAAUUGAAUCUCUUGUUUUGUUGUAACAUGUUUCAUGAUGAGUAUAACGAUUUGAAGAAGAAAAAAAUCCAAACAGUACGGCAAUGUUAGGAUCAUAAUGGGGAAAACUGAUAUUGAUAGGGAACUUUAUUUUAACGUGUGAAAAGAGAUGGCGAGCCACAUUUGUUGCAUAACGUUACGACAAGCAAAACGCAUCAUUAUCCUAACGAAUGCUUGCUAGAGUAUUCUCCCAAAAGUAGUAAAACCACUGCUUACAGUCUGCUGGGAAAUGUGUUAGCCAAAAAAAACAAUACAUAACUUUUGUGAUCGUCUUAACAAUUGUAAUUACACGACGCAGGACACAGUUCAAGGCAUAAUAAGCGUCCUGGUUUUUCGUCUCGUUCGUUUUUGUUAUUUAAACCACCUACAAUAGUGAACAGAUACAUUCCUUUACACUCCGACACAUACGAUGUUGGCCUCAGAAGUAGUAAGAAACAUAUUCCAAACUUCCAGUCAAGUGCGUACCUGUAAACCUGAUGAUGGUGGAACAAAAUGCAAAAGAAGCGCGACAGCCGAAUCUCUUUUGCACAAGGAGAUUAGAACAAUUACAAGAUGCUACAGUGCAGCUAUGAAAGCAUACGAUAAACAAUUCGAUAAACUAUGUUUUUACGUUCUAUAACGUUCAUUUAUAUUUUCUAAAAUCUAUUACAUGUAUUUAGCGUGUGUAAGUCGCAACCGUUUUCUGACAGCAGACGUAUUUGAACAAUGAGUUUGAACAUGAAACGGCGCCAAGAAUAUUACGUUGAAAUGAAACGAAACGAGCGUCUGACUUUGCUACGCUAUGCUUUACUAAGCCUCGCGCAUUAUCUAGUCAGAUUGGCAAAGUAAAACCCAAGGAGAAGGCAGCGUUUACACAUGACAUUGCUAUUUAGAAGGAUUAGCAAUCUGAACAAAAUAGGAAGCAGUUCAAUGUUCCCUAAGCAUAACUCUCAUGUCUUACUGAGACAUCGUGUGUGUUAACGUCGAAGCGUAAUGGGGAAUGUAAGUGCGCUGGCGCCACACGAUAGUGAAAGUUCUAGGGGAACUGCGUGGGAUCUCUACAAAUAAUAGUAAACAAAUGGGGGAAAUGUCAUAACUCACACAUUAACAAAAACCAAAUGCCUUCUGUAAACUGUGAUCGAAUCUCGUGUUCCUUAUUCAAUGCUACUCUCCGGACGGGACGCCCAGAGUGUUGUGUGAUUUGUUUAAUUUAGCUCACGUAGGCCAAAGUAAUACGCUUCUUUUGUCGGUAAAAUUAAAAACAAUCCGUACAACAGAGAUUUGGGUUUUUGUGGGUUUUUUUUUCAUUUUUUCGUAUGAAUAGUAAGCCGAAGCUGUGUUUAAACACCACUAUAAGAACAUCAAUCAUUGGCCAGAUGAUGCGUAUAAAAAUUCUUCAAAGUGCAAAGGCAAAAUUAAACCAUUUUACCGAAUUGGGCUUUGCGGAAUUAGCAUUAGUUGUACCAGAGAGGGCGGGCGAUAGAGAAAGAUAAAGUUUCACGUAUUAUUUUAAGUAUUCGGUGCCUGUGAGCUAAACACUUGUAAGGGAAACAUGAUUACACCGUGUUUCUUACGCAUGGCAGCAUGUGUUCUCUCGUACAGAGAAUCAUGUGAUAGACUGGGUUUGAGAUCGUAAAAUAGAGAGUACCGGUGAAUGUUGUUCCGUGGAAUAAGGAUCACCGACCGACUGAACCGAAUUCGAAUACGCACCUUUUCUAAUGUACUACAACAACGUAGGAUAAAAUCCUAAAACGAAUAAUCCCACCAACCUUUAAUGCAGAUAGCAUACGUUUCAUGAAAUGCAACACCGGUAAAUCAGCUGUCCCCGAGUUGUGUUGCAUUCAUCCAGUAACGCCAGAAUGGACAGAAUCCUGCGCUGCGUUACGAUGUAUGGGAGCAGCGCAAACAAAGCCACACGUCAACAGCAAAAGCUGUGCGGUAGAACAGGCAUGGGUGGAAGUGAAUCAUUACUUUUAUAAGCAGAACAAAUAAUACGAGCAUAAGCACCGGUGUAAAUGCUUUUGUUUUUGUCUUGCCCUUGAACCAGCAGAUCUCUUAUGAUUAACCAUUUUUACUUGGCAAAAUGAAACGUAACUAUGCAAACGUAACUGUAAAGCAGACACUGCUAAUGCCAACAUGGCAUACGAUUAUUCUACAAUGGUCGUGAUUUGCAUUGUUCCACUAAAAAAAAUGUAUGCUCGCCUCUCUUUUGGAGGGAAAUGAACAAAAAAAGAAAAUGAAACAUGAACAUAAGAUUCUACUAUAGUUUGGGUUUAAAAAAAGUGCGCUUUUGGUUGAUAAAAUGAAACAAAAAGAGAGAGAAUUAAAUGGUCCCUGCCGUAAUGUUGUUGUUAUUGGACAAAUGAUCACGAGUUACAUACGUACGGAUUGUGCGAAAUCCCAACACUAGCAAAUGGAUCGCUCGGGAAAAGGGGAUCGAUUGAUCGUUGUAUUGCGCUCACUGCUAAAGAACACAGAUCUCUUUAGUCUUGCCAGAUUGUCUAUGAAACGUAACUCUGAAUGAGGGCAUGCUUUCGAAAUGUUUCCUUUUUCGACAGCCCCAGCAUGGUGUGGUGUGUGAUGUGAGUAUACCAGUAUUGAUUUUCUGUGCGAAAAACAUAACACAACUGUCGAACGCGCGCAGGGUCGUUCCAGUUCCGUUGCAACAAAAAAAGGAAUCCACGGAAAGUGUCCGGACGCGUUUGAUCUUAGAAAAACAAAUACAACUAUCGAAACUAGUAAGAAUGCUAAUUUAACUCCCCUAAAACAUGAAGCUUAAUCGUCCAAACAAACAAAAAAGAGGUAUUAUUGAGCAUCGUCACAACAAGCAACACUCAUUGAGACAACAAAGCCAAACAAAGCCGACAUAAACAAAACAUAACUUGUUGUGAUAGUAAUUUCGUCAGCUCUUUCAUGCGAAACUUGAGCGAAUUGAAAGGUAUAUAAAAGGAACGUGUUUGAAUUAGCAACCAAGCAAACAUAAACGUAGGAACUAAAAUGAAACAUUCAAAACAAUUGUCGAGCAAUCCACUGAAAACGGAAUAUACAUGAAAGAAGUCGAGAAUGAAACAAGUCGUUCGAUAAAUUUGUAACCUUCUUUUGCUAAUACUUAAUCAUACAUGAUAAUAUGAUACAUUAUUUUCUUAACCUACAUAGCAACUAAGUAAGUGUGUUUUUGUGUGUGCGCUAUGAAGAAACGCAAUGUUUGUUAGGCAAAUCUGCUCAUCUGCUGAAAAUGAUACCAUGAACAAUAUGUUUCCAACGAUAACUUCACGGUGAAGCUGCAAACAAUUUUUCUCACAUUCUAAGAUAAUUACUCGAAGCGAAAAAAUUGAAUUUAAAAUUAUCACGAUGUUCGUAUGUGCCAGUGGGCGACAAAAAAAGACAUACGUGUUAGAAGCCAGGUUAAGUGUGUAGUAAACCCUUCCACAUACCAUUUCAGUAACAUUCAGUGACACACUUGAGGUAACGGAUACAGCCCGAAAAAACACAAGAACACAUCUCUUAAAAAUCGUAAUUUUCUUUGUCGUUUAUCAGCUAAAGAUGGCUGUUGCUUCGAGCUAAUAUUAAGUGUAUUUACACACUCAUUAAAUGGUCGUUGGUAUUUGGGAUAAACAUACCGGAGCACAUGUUCCACUUUAUCUACGCAUAUAAUCAAUACGUUGCGCCAAUUGCUAUGAGAAGAAACAAAAACAAGUACGAAACAUUAAUGUCUUAGAUGGAACAGGUAGCGUUGUAAAAGGCUAAAGGAUAUUUUACAACUAUAAUCAGAUGCGUAAAAGUUUACAUAACCACAUUAUUUCGAACAAGUUUGAUGAACGGUUUUCUUUCUUAUGAACUUUUAGAAGCAUCCAUCGACGAUCGAAUGAGAGCGAUUUAAUCGAAUGUAUUGUUCAGGAGAGUAAAAGGGAAAACAGAAAACAGAAAAUGUGGUGAAACAGUCAAAUUCAUCUCGUUGACAGGAAACGAAACAACGCUCGGUUCUUUGAACAACCACACGGAAUACAGUAGUACAUCAGCUUGAUCAGUUGGCAGCUAAAAUAACGCAUGUUAUACCACGUUUGAGAAGAACUUCCGUUGCACUACAGCUGGAACACUAGAGAGAAGAGAAGAUCUUUUGGCGCGCGCCAUCCAUCAAUGUUUUUUUUUCUUUUACAUUAUUCUGAGCCACAUUUAUUCGCGUGCUUGUAAGGUUAAUGGGGUUGAUUUUUAUGAAUUAGAUUUAAGUUUUGCUUUUUAAAUCGAUCAAAACAAAAACGGUCACGCAAAUAUAUAAUGUCCGGACCGGUAAAACAAUUAUUAAAAUCAUUCAACGGAGGUUGGGAGAUGUAACGAAUUAUUCUAAUACUUGAAAAUUAAGCACUUCCCUAUACUCCCCAUCUCUCAGAUCAGAUACACAGAGGAUAGCUAAACAUUCAUAGAAGACUUAACAAAUACACAACGUAGCAAAAAUAGAAUUUUCAUCAAAAAGGAACGAAUUAGAAUAUUUGAUUCUAUUUAAUGUGAUAAAUAAGCGAACAUGUUUGUUAGAAGCUUUAGCAAACCACAACAAAUCAUACGAAAUUUUUCAUUUUGCAAAAAAUAGAUAAAAAUAAUACAUUUGUUGGUAUCGUUUCUGCAAAAAAAAAUAAAAGAAAUCAUCAGGUUUCAUUUAGGACAAGAAAAAAGACCCCCAACCUCUAUAUAUUAGAAUGGCCCGAGCAGCAUAUUUGGGUAUGUCAUUGAUUUAAUUUUCCAAGCACAACAAACACUGAUAAAAAACGUUACAAAACAGUAAAACAAUGAAUGAGAGCGUUAACAAAUUCAACAGAAGAAAGAUCCAGAUAUGAUAGCAGGACUGAAAAAGGACACAAGCUCUAGGGUACUACGGCGCACUACAUGUGAGAUCAUCGUGUGCAAAAAGUUGCACACGUGGAAGAAAAAAAAGGUCCUUAGACAUUACAUCGUAGGUGUGUGGCUGUGUGUGUAUGCUGCUCUGCUGAAAACUUGCCAGCAGAAUGAUGGUAGUGAAAUAAGAUGUAUUUUGCAUGCAUAACAAAAAGCGUAAGAUAUCGCCAAUAAUACAUUUAGCGAAUGGAAGGUAAAAGAGUGCACAAUGCUGUUAGUAAACGGGACAGCAAAGCAGCCAUUUUGCUAUUCCCAUGUCUCUGAAGUUAAGAAGCAAGCGAUUAAGGUUUUCACAAAAAAAAACAAAUACACACAAGAACAAUAACAAAAUUGUAAACAUGAAUCUUAACAAAAAUCAAGCGAAAACAUGAACCUAGGAACAAGGAAACAAAAACAUGUCGUAACGAUGUAAUGCAAAAGAAAAAUAUGUUACGAAACUUUCGCAAAAGCAUAUAACAGAGCCUACAACCUAAGUGAAACAUAAAUAGUACGGAACACACAUGAAUCAUACUUUGUUUUGCGAUUGUGCGUACAAUGAAUAGAGCAACGUGCUGUUGCUCUCUCUCUCUGCAGUUAGUACGCAACGCAAUAAUUAUCGGAAAAGCGGAAAAGAACAAUUCUUAUUCAAAAGUAAAUUGCAUCUCGUCUGAUCUCAAUUGGUUUAGAGAAAUGAAAGAUCAAAUCUGACGUAAAACCAAAACCGCUUUCUGAGCAAUGUUCCCCGGGGAAAGACAAGGGAAUAAUAUCGAAUUUACUAUGUAUUCCAAACAAUCGCCUGCAGUUAAGUUGAAAUAUUUAUACCGCAAAGAAAAGUACCUUUCCCUCGUGAUGAUCGUGUUGAUCACCAUUUCAAUGAUGCUCAAAACAAAAACAAAUAGCGAAACACCAAACGAGUUCAUAUUUGUGUAUGAAGCAUCGACAUGAUAAUGGUAUAUAACAUAAAUGAACUAAUUUUGCUAAAUCUGAACAUAACCAUUGAUGGCGAUUGUAUCAAUUUUCCGAGAGAAUCUAUGUGUAGCGCUCGAAGGGUAAAAGAAACCUUCGCAUACACACACUACUAGCACGUGUCAGCAAUGUAAUGUUGAAGAAUGUCCACGUGUGUCUCCAUGAGAGAGGUGACUGUGUUCCGACGUUCCGUGUUGUUUUUUGUUCCACAGGGUAUUAACAUAUUAAUAUAAAUAUAUUUUUGUGAAAACACUAGAACGCUGAAUGAACUCGAGAGGCGAGAAAAAAUGUACCAUUGUGAUAUUUUAUAUUUAAAGUUAAUAUGUAAAAAACAUCAACAACAAAAAUAAACACUCAAGAUGAAAAACACACAUACACAAAAAAGGCAAGAAAAGGAUGCGGAAAAUUCCUUCAAGAAUGUGUAAUGGCAAGGGUAAAACAUUAAACUGCUAUUGAUGAAAAAACAAGCCACGUUCACGUUUAAAAAGCACCGAACGAAAGAAGUAGGAACGAAGAGGACAGGAACCGGAAAAAAGUUUAAUACGCUUAUAUGUGAGAAAAGAAAAGUAUAUCCGGAUCCACACAAAAAAGAAACAGAGAGAGAGAGAGCACGAAAAUAGGAUCUCAAUCAAUAUGUCCUCGCCGGAAGGAUUAAGAUAUAAAAUGCAAACAUCUUGUGGUAAACAUGCAGAAUUCGAUUCGUACAUAAGCUCACCAACCAGACACAGUAGGAAUAUAACAAACUGGAUCAUGAGGACGGCGGUGGUAAUGCCAAGAAAUCGAUAAUAGGGCCAUUGUAGUGUGGAAUUUAGGACGAGCUACAGAGAACGAUAGAGUUGAACGGCAAAGAAUUCGUUGUUGUGAAUUUUGUAGUAUUUUUUCUGCUGCCCUUUUGAAGCAACAAUGAAACAACAACUCCCGGAUGAGAACGCACACGCGUGUAGUUCCGUACUUGAACACACGUGUUUAACAGAACUUCACGUCUCAAGUGUACAAUUCCUUCCCAUUAGCCGAGUGGAUUUCUUCUCUCUCAAUACAACCGAACAGAGCUAACGAAAAACAAAUCGUAAUAUUAAAUAUGUUGCUUUUUGAAACAAACAACAGACGUUGAAUAUCAACCACAAAUAUACAGUCUCGAAAGCGUUACGAAACCAUGUGGAAUACAAAAAAAAACGUGUAAAAAGGAAGAAAAUGCCGGGAAAUGUUUUACCAACAAACUCUGAAUUAUACAAAAUAAUUUAGUACAUUAAUGAUCGGUUUUGUGUCCACAGUUAGGAUAACACGUAAUAGAAACCUUACAAACGUAGAAAUUACAAACAGAUAACGGUUGAUAAAAGAGAGAGGAAAAACAAUACAAAUCAAAGAAACGAAAUUCUUUUCCCCAACCUAACGCCACACACACACAUCCUACAUCCUUCCUGUCGUAUUUGUCGUUUGGGUGAUGGUUGUGGAAAGUAAACUGAUAGGAUGGUAAUGAGAGGAGGCCAGCCGAGUGUGAUCGUCGUCACGAUGCUGUGAAAAUUCAUACAAACCAACAGUUGUGUACGCGUUUUUCAGAAAGCUGAAAAGCGUACACGUUGUCAGGUCUUUAGUACACUUUUUUUUCCUAUUUGUGUGAUGGUUUCAUGGCUAUCAUCACGUUAGUACAUCUACUAAACAUUUCUAUACUGAGCUGAAAUUGACAUACCUUUCCGUUGACAGUUUUAAUUUAUUGCUUUUCUCCAUUUUAAGUAUCCUUCCAUUGUUGUACGAAUCAUAUUUGUUCAGUAGAAAAUUUAACACAUAAUUCAUUUGUCAUUUUUAUUCACCAUCCCAAAAUGCGUCGUAUGUCGCAGUCGUAAGAUAGCAGUAAUUUCAGCACAUUAGUAUUUUCCCUAAGUUCCAACAUAUGUAUCGCUCAUCAUGAUUCCUCCUUUAUCUUUAAUUUAUCAAAAUGGUCAAGUGCCGGUAAAAUUUUAUUCUGUUUGUCCUUCGUUGAAACCCUUUUUAAAAAGCAACCAAAUUUUUAAUUCGUUUUUGUUACUUCUGAGCAAAAGUUUCUUCAGAGUAAUCCUUAAAACGCAUGCAUAUUAUAUAUUGCAACAUAAAAUAUGAAUAAAAACCCAUGUGUAAUUCACUAA